AUGCCUAAUCAAAUAGGGGCAUGGAUCAAAACUGAGAAGGGUGUUCGACGACUCAUGAAGGAAGAACUUGCACGGGGACUGGGCAUCCCCAAAGGCUGCGAAAAUGACCUGUCACACAAGAGCCUCCAACGAACUACAUCACUUUUCCAUUGGGAAUACCUGUCUUUCUCGCUACAACAUUUAUUCAGCCACCCAACUUCUGCACCCGGGAAAACGACACAGGGAACAAAGACCGGGGACCACUUGUCCGGGGCAACAACCAUCACACUUGACAACGAUGUGUUCAAUUGGCAUCCCCCAGAUCUUUCCUUGGGUAGCCCCUGGCACACACUACGACUUGCCAACCUCCGCUGGGCCGCUGACCAUUAUCCGGAACCAGACAACAUCUACUGGGAUGGCAUCCAACGACUAGCCGUCCACCGGAACAACUACAACUCGGAGGGACCGGACCCCAAACGACUUCAACUUUUAUGGUGGGAGUUCCCGUCCGAGCACUGGGAGGAACUACGAAAUGGGGCACGCCAGAAUUUCCUGAAACAGCCAGAUCCCUGCCUCCGACCCAACGCUCCAAUGGAUGAAGAAAUGCUAGAGGCUGCUGUCCAGUUUGUGGACGAACUUGUUGAACUUGGGGUACUUCGAAGCAUCGAUGAAGGGCUGACCGUCCUCACCAAUGCCCCUCUAUUUGUGGUCGGGAAGGAUGGCCAGCCGGGACAAUGGCGGGUAAUUGCCGACAUGCUACGGGGUGGUCAGAACGAUUGUGUUG